CUAUUUCAUAGAGUAGAUCCGGACAAUUAGGGAUUGUAAAAGAAAUCCUUCAAAUAAACCCAAUUGAAAUGAAAGAUAUAAGGUGGGGUAAGAUGAUGGAAAAAAAAGCUCUUCAUGCGUUAAAAACCUAUACUGAAGAGCAUGAGAAUGUAAUUAUUCUCCAAUCUACCGGUUUGCUGGUAGAUAAGAAACAUCCUUUUCUGGGAGCUUCCAUUGAUGGAAAAAUGAUGUGUGAUUGCCAUCCACCGGCAAUUAUCGAAAUAAAGUGCCCCUAUUCCAUUAGGAACGAAAUGACUCAAGAUGCUAAGUCUAAGAGUUUUUUCUUAGAUAAAGAAGGGUGUUUGAAGUUGAAGCUUCCUUACUACAAUCAAGUUCAAGGACAAAUGGCAAUUUGGGAUGUUGAGCUGUGUUAUUUCAUUAAAUACACCACAAUUGAUUUAAAUAUUCAGAAAUUAUGUUAUAACGAAGCUUAUUGGCAGAUGCCAAUGCCAACUUUGCUUCAAUUUUACAAAAAUUUUGUUAUUUCUGAAAUUUUAGAUGCAUCAUUGUAAAUGUUAUAUUGUGUAUGUAAAGCUAAUUUCUUUAUUGCUUUUUAUACGGUUUUUGGCCUCUGGACAAUUAAAAACUGAUUUCAUUUUUGCUUUUUAUACGGUUAUACAGUCACCAAAUUAUUAAAUACUACCAUCCUAUGGAUGCUUAAACCAUUGGGUAUAUAUCAUUUCAAUGGGUUAACCCGGCAGGACAUCAGGGUAUAUAUCAUUUCAAUGGGUUAACGCGCGCCUCACGUACGAACACAAAAACGCGCGUGGGGUUCUUAUGGACCCCACAAACUUUAAUUACUUUUUAACCUUUUUGCAUAGUAAUAUUUUAAAACAAAAUGAUUAUAAUUAUAAAAUUUAAAUUUUAUGAAAGUUAUUAACACAUGAAAUCAUUAAAAUACU